CAUGUUUCCCUUUGAUAAUCGCAGACUCGCCAAAGUCAGAAAAACGACGAUCAAAAUCCACGUGAAACGCAGAUCCAAAUUGAAUUGAGAUCCCUCUCUCUGUCUUUUUCCUUCUCUUUUCACUUCACUCGAUCCUCUGCAGGAUUGUCUGUGCUCCUUAGUUGAGCUUCGAAGAUGGAUUUGGCGUCGCGUUAUAAGGGGGUUGUUGGAUUUGUUUUUGGCAAUGAGAAUUCUGGUUCCAGUGAAGAUAGCUAUGUUGAACGCUUGCUCGACCGCAUAAGUAAUGGUGUCCUGGCGGAGGACAGGAGGACUGCUAUUGCAGAGCUUCAGUCCGUUGUGGCUGAAAGCCGUGCUGCCCAGCUAGCUUUUGGAGCAAUGGGCUUUCCUGUUCUCAUGGGUGUCUUAAAGGAAGAACGAGAUGAUGUUGAAAUGGUUCGUGGUGCCCUUGAGACUCUGGUUAGUGCUUUGACACCUAUUGAUCAUGCAAAAGGGCCUACGAAUGAGGUUCAGCCAGCUUUAAUGAAUACUGAUUUGCUUUCCCGAGAAUCAGAGAGCAUUUCUCUUCUGCUAACUUUGCUGUCAGAGGAGGAUUUCUAUGUGCGAUAUUACACUCUUCAAAUUUUGACAGCCCUUCUUACUAAUUCCCCAAUUAGGUUACAGGAAGCAAUUCUGUCCAUUCCUCGUGGUAUAACUCGUCUCAUGGAUAUGCUGAUGGACCGUGAGGUUAUAAGAAAUGAAGCCUUAUUGCUUCUCACAUACUUGACUCGUGAAGCUGAGGAGAUUCAGAAGAUUGUGGUCUUCGAAGGUGCAUUUGAGAAAAUUUUUAGUAUUAUUAAGGAGGAAGGAGGUUCUGAAGGGGGUGUUGUUGUGCAGGACUGUCUCGAGUUGCUGAACAAUCUUCUUCGCAGUAGUGCAUCAAAUCAGGUACUACUAAGGGAGACUAUGGGCUUUGACCCAUUAAUAUCAAUCUUGAAACUAAGAGGAAGUACUUACAGUUUCACUCAACAGAAGACCAUUAAUUUACUCAGUGCGUUGGAGACCAUUAACUUGUUGAUGAUGGGGGGUUCAGAAGCUGAUCCUCAAAAAGAUUCAAACAAGAUCACCAAUAAAACAGUCCUAGUUCAGAAAAAGUUGUUGGACUAUCUGCUAAUUCUGGGUGUUGAAAGCCAGUGGGCUCCAAUUGCUGUGCGCUGUUCAGCACUAAGGUCCAUUGGUGAUUUGGUUGCUGGGAAUCCCAAGAAUCUGGAUGCUCUUUCUAGCAAAGUUCUUGGCGAGGAGCCACAAGUAGAACCUGCUUUGAAUUCUAUUCUCCGAAUCAUUUUGCGAACGUCUAGUAUGCAAGAGUUUAUUGCAGCUGACCAUGUCUUUAAGAACUUUUGUGAGAAAAACUCGGAUGGGCAAGCAAUGUUAGCAUCCACGUUAAUUCCUCAACCAAAUUCAAUGGCUCAUGCUCCCCUUGAGGAGGAUGUGAACAUGUCAUUUGGAAGCAUGCUGUUACAUGGUCUAGCACUGAGUGAAAGUGAUGGUGAUCUUGAGACUUGUUGCAGGGCUGCUAGUGUUCUUACUCACAUACUCAAGGACAACACUCAGUGCAAGGAACGGGUUUUGCGAAUUGAGCUUGAAGCACCAAUGCCAUCCUUAGCAGCUCCAGAGCUACUACUGCACCGUAUUGUUAGGUACUUGGCUGUUGCCUCUUCCAUGAAAAAUAAAGAUGGGAAGCCAGGUUACUCAUAUGUUCAACCAAUUAUCUUGAAACUGCUCGUGACAUGGCUAGCAGAUUACCCGAGUGCAGUGCAGUGCUUCUUAGAUUCACGCCCCCACUUAACGUAUCUGCUUGAGUUGGUGUCAAAUACAUCAUCAACUGUGUGUGUUAGGGGGUUGGCUGCAGUUCUCCUGGGAGAAUGUGUGAUUUACAAUAAAUCUAGUGAAAGUGGAAAGGAUGGUUUUACCAUAGCUGAUGCCAUAAGCCAGAAAAUUGGGCUUACGGCAUAUUUUCUGAAGUUUGAUGAGAUGCAGAAAAGCUUCCUUUUCUCUUCAGUGAAGCCAGCUCAGUCCCAUAAACCAUUGACAAGAUCCACUGCUGCCAGUAUGGCAGAGAUUGAAGAUGGUGAAGAGAGUGAUUUGUCAGAUCAGAAGAAUGAGGAUCAUCCAAUCCUCACAUCAAUAUUUGAUGCUCAGUUUGUUAAUUUUGUGAAGAGUUUGGAAGUGUAUAUUCGAGAAAACAUUGUAGAUGUUUACAGUCGCCCUAAGAGUGAUGUGGCAGUCGUGCCUGCAGAAAUGGAACAAAAGGGUGGAGAAAGUGACAAGGACUAUAUCAAGCGGCUAAAGGCAUUUGUAGAGAAACAAUGCUCUGAGAUACAGAAACUUCUUGGCCGGAAUGCCACUUUGGCUGAGGAUUUGGCAAGGACUGGUGGGAGUGGGAAUUCUCAACCUGAGUUAAGGGUGGGCAGCGGCUCAGAUAGGGUCCAGGCGGAGACCCUUCGUAGAGAUCUUCAGGAGGCAUCUCAGAGGAUAGAGAUGCUCAAGGCAGAGAAAGCUAAGAUCGAAUCAGAGGCAUCGAUAUACCAGAAUUUGGCUGGGAAGCUGGAGUCUGAUCUGAAGAGCCUAUCUGAUGCUUACAAUAGUCUUGAACAGACCAAUCUCCACCUAGAAAAAGAGGUGAAAGGCUUGAAGAGCGGAGGUACAUCAACCUCUCCUGAUAUCGAGUCAAUAAAGGCCGAAGCUAGGGAAGAAGCUCAGAAGGAAAGCGAAGCAGAGCUGAAUGAUUUGCUUGUGUGCCUUGGGCAAGAACAGAGCAAGGUGGAAAAGUUGAGUGCAAAGUUAUCGGAACUAGGCGAGGAUGUGGACAAACUGCUUGAAGGUAUCGGAGAUGAUAUGGGGCUGCCCGAAGAUGAUGAUGAAGAGGAAGAAGACUAACGGAGCUCGUGUUAGUUACACGAUAAGAAAUGGUAAUGUGUUCUUCUUCAACCUCUAUUGGGGUAAGGCUGGUUGCGUGGUGUCAGCUUCGCAAAUUUGUAAAUUUCGUGGCGAACUGUACAGUUUAUUGUUCACCAUGCAUUAACUAAUCUUUUCUUCAUUUGGAUUUAAAUUAUGAUUGCUAUUAGACCUUUCUGGGUAUCUCUAGUUUUGCUUU